AUGGAUCCUCCGGGGCAGCCUGACAACAAACGCCCCCGUCUCUCGAGCACCAACUCGUGGUCACCAACCGGCGGACCGCAACACCAUCUACCACCACUCCACCCGCCGCCCUCGCACCCGUCGACGCCUCACCAGGCACAUCCUCUUCCGCCUCAUCAACAACACGCGCCGCCGCCUGCGCCAUAUAACCACCAGCAGCAGCAGCCGCCUCCGUACCCUCCUCGCUCCGUCGAGCCUCACCACCCUCCUCACCCGGCGCCGCAACAUCAUCCCGACGACCGACGACACCAUGAGCAAGAGCCUCCUUACACGCCGAUGCAGGACCACUAUCGACACCCGCCCUCACCUGCGCAUCCGCCUUACCCACCCUUCCCAAACCGAAACCCUGGCGGCGUGAAGAGGGAACCGCACGACGAGAACCUUUCCCACCCACGAAGGCCUCACUCGACAGGAGGCGGGCCACAGGACGGCCUCCCUCCUCCACCGCACUCUGCGCCGCCGCAUCCUUCGCAUCAACCGUACCCCGACGACUCUCGACGACACAUGAGCUACGAUAACGGGCCACAGCAGAUGCCCCCCACGCCGGGGGGCUACCGAAGCAGCUUUCCUCCUCCUCCUCCUCCUCCUGUGGCCCAGCCGCCGCCACCACCACCUCAGCAUUAUGAACAGCAGCAGCCGCAGUACCAAACGCAACCUCCUCCCGAGUCGAUCUACGCCCAGUUCUCUUCCACCGCCAAGCGCAAGGCAACAAGAGCCUCUCAGGCUUGUGACAGCUGUCGGCAGCUCAAGGCGAAAUGUGAUGAAACUAAGCCUUGCAAAAGUUGCAGAGAAAAGGGUGUCGAGUGCAAAUAUCGUGAUCCGAUUCCAAAGGCAAUCGACAAGGGCCAAACAGAUAUUCUGGAGGCGAUCUCCGAGAUGAAGAGCGCAAUGGAGGCCAAGUUUGAGGCGCAGAUUGCGGCCCAGCAAAGGUGGAUGCAAAACAUGGAAGAGAGGCUGAACAUGCACAACAUCAAGAUGGAAGCCGAGGCGCCGCUCUCGGAUGACUCCCCAGCCGAUAAGUCGAAUGUGAAGUCGCUAUCACCGGUCCCCGCGCCCCCUGUGGAAAACUACCCUCAACACGACGAAGACAUGCACGAGCCGGAGCCGCAGCCCAUGGCUGUUGGCGAGACGGACUUGGCCCACCAGAUGCACGAUACGGAUAUGGAUAACGACGAUGCGCCCGACAACCCACCUGGACCACCUGUGGCGCCGGGUCCCCCUUCGAUUCCGGUAAACCACACAACCAGAGCCGACACCAUUCUGUUCUGGCCGGGCGUUAAGGAGAUGACUCAGGGAAUUCUGGAGAGGGAGAAUGUCAAGUAUCCUCAAGAGUACCCCAUUGCUCAGGAAGAGAAGCGCGGCGUUCUGCGACUCUACGGGCGUGGAGAAGGGAGUGGUCAAGAUCCCAGUCGCGGCGUCGCAAGCGUUGCGGCCUCGGAGGCGUUUGGCACCAUGGAUGUCAUGGAAGACAACUUCUCAGAGACUGGAAACUCACCCUCUCCGGGCGAGGCUUGGGGCCAGGUCGGAGGACUGAGCCCGCCGACGAGCAUGGGUUACACCAGUGGGACGCUCACACCCGACGGGGCUCCGGAUUUCUCUGAAGAAAAGGUCAAGUCAUAUAUCACCAGCUUCGAGAAGCACGUCCUCAGCCUUCACCCGAUUAUCCUGUCUGGAGAUCUCAGAAUUCUGGUCAAGCGCUUCUUGGACAACAUUGCACAGACCGAGAAGAAGCCUAAGCCGACAGCACCCGGCGUCGCCAAGUUUGUUGCGCCGACGAGCAGCUACCCCGAAAUGUCAAGCAAGCGGAAGCGGUCCUCGCCAGCACUGGAUCAACCAGAAGAACCGAUACAGCUCCCAAAGAAGGCUGGCAGGCCGCACAGGACAAUUGAAAACGCCCUUGUGUUGGUCAUUCUCGCCUUGGGCAAGAUUUGCCUCCAUCAGUCCAAGAUCCCGGACCUUCCCCGGGACAUGGUAGAACACAGCCAGAACUCUCCCAUGAACAGGAACGGAUACCCGUCCUCCCCCGGUGCCCAGGCGUCGCCUCCAUCAUAUUCCUCAGCGCAUUCGUCCUCCGGGUUACCUUCGCCAAAGGAGCAGGCCAACAGUCUUCCCAGCAGACGGCCUUCGUUGCAGGGCAGCGGCGCCGGCAGCCUGAAGUCCAGCUCGACGUUGAAGCGCAACUACGAUAUCAUUCCUGGUCUCGAGUAUUUCGCCUAUGCCUCUGAUAUUAUGGGCAACCACAUGGCCGGCUGGACGAUGAAGCACGCGCAGACUUUCAUCUUUGCUGGUCUGUACCAUGGUCAACUAGGCAGAGUAUUGGAGAGUGAUGCCAUGUUCUUCAAUGCCGCCCGAGCUUUGAACAUGAUUAUGCGUCGUGACAUGGACCGCUUCUCAAAGAUGGACCCUUUUAACCCCGUUGAGAAGAAGCGCGAUAACAUGGUCCUCCUAGCAUACUGGAGUUGCCUGCAACUCGAAAACGACAUCAUUGCGGAACUUGAACUCCCACGAUCAAGAUGUCUCGAUUACGAGCAAAUCAUGCCUUGGCCCAACAUGAAGCUCAUAGAGAACGAAACCUCUCUCAGAGUACGAGACUCUUACAUCGGACAGCUGUACCUGCGAAAGACGCUGAACACGAUCCACAACUUGCUUUACGAUCCCCAGGACUUGCACGUUUCGAUCACCGACAAGAUGAGGAAAGUGCAGGACUUGGAGGAGCAACUGAGAAGCAUGAAGUGGGUAUCAAAGGACUUCCACUUCAACGAGGACGACGAACCGGCAAAAGAACUCAUUGAUGCGCGGUUGCGUGCCAAGUACUGGGGUGCUCGAGUCAUCAUCUACCGACCCUUUGUCAGAUUCGUUCUGGAAGUUUCGGACAGGCUAAAGCAACGGUCUGAUAGCUCCGGCGUGCUCAACAAGGAAACGGUGGGACACAUCGGCGUCUUCACCCAACACGAUGCGACCGCGUUUGUGGGGCAGGGCUCUCACGGGAUCCGUGGUCACGAUGAGCUCACUCAAGAAGUCAAGGCAUAUGCCGACAGAGGUAUCAAGGCCCUCAUUGAGAGUACUCGGGCCUUCCACGGUGUCGACAGCAAGCGACUUCUCGUCACCAACAUCUUUGGCACAGCCCAUGCGCAAUGGGGCAACCUUUUGAUUUUGGCGGCCGCCUUCCGCGAUCCUUACCUGCACCAUCUCGUGUCGAGGGAAGAACUGAAGAUGCUGUUCCGACGGACCAUCAGCAUGCUCGAGAUGCAUGCCCAGUCAUCUAGCUCAUUGACGAUUGACAUGCACAUCCUGCAGCACAUCGAAAAGGAGCUCUUUUCCGAAAACCCGAGGGUUGGCUCCAGCAGUUUCGGCAGCACCAACAGCUACACGGGGCCGACGAUCCCCCCGCCCCCGCCACCCACGUCCGCGCCGCCGGCCCAUCACCACCACCACCACCACCACCCGGGCCCCAUGUCCAUGGCAUCCUUCAUCGAACCUAACCACCGCAGCGCGAACAACUCACCAAACCAGGGACACCGCUCGCUGAACAACGGAUCGGGUCACGGUCAUCCCCCGAAUCACGGACAAAGCUACCACGGACACCCUGGACACCCUGGACACCCUGGACACCACCCUAUGCAGAUGUAA